GAGGAUGCAUGAUGAUUGGCCGGCAAUGGCACAAUGCAUGAAUCUGCUUCAUUAUGUUCAUGUACAAUACACGCGGAAGUAAUUGUGAAAAUAACAUUUAUUUUGCAAUGUAUAUCUGAUUCCCUGUCUGCUUUCAACGCCGAGGAAGAAGAAAGGAACAAACAUGGUGGAUUCAUUUGAAUUGGAAAUGAAAGCAGACAGCGACAUCUGUGACAUUUAGCAGUACUUGGCAUAAAGAUGAUAAAGUGCAACAGCGAAUUCGCAAAGUAACUACAUGUACUUGCUCAACAAGGAAACAAUCAGUCGAUAAGGAAACUACCAAAGAAUUCUCUCGAUACUUUCGCCAACAAGGAAAUGUUCUUUGAGUGAAGUCAAAGCAAGGAAUAUUUGAUAAAGUGUAUUUUUUUAACUAUGAAAGAAAAACAUUGUACCAUCUCUAUGUAGGCUAUCCAUCGCAUGGUCCUACAGUCAACUUUUCAUUUGUCACAAAUUAAAAAUUCACGCAAUUAAUAAACAGCUGCAACAUCUGCCGCAGUCAACGGUUGCAUGAGAGACUGGUUUGAGCCAAGAUGGCGGAUUUAGCAACUGUUGUCAAUCUAUGGUGGACCCUGCUGCUGUUGCAUGUCUGUAUGCAUUCUGUUGUCGUCCGAGCUGAGAUACUUCGGCUGCCACUGCACACCGCCGUUCGUCGGGUCAACGAUGGGGUCAGGUCAAGGGUCGGCGAGAGGUCACACAAUGUCUUGAGGAGAUCUGCUCCUCGAGAUAACAUCGGCGGUAAACCAGGCUUGGGGUUCUAUGUAGAGAUCGAACUGGGGACGCCAAAGCAAAAGCUCAAUGUUCUAGUGGAUACAGGCAGCAGUAACUUUGCAGUAGCGGCCUCGCCAAACAGUUUGAUCACCAAAUAUUUUCACAAGGACCAGUCACAAACUUACCGAGACCUGAACAGGAAGGUUUACGUCCCCUACACCCAGGGGGAAUGGAGGGGAGAACUGGGGGAAGACGUCGCUACGAUACCCACCUCACAUCCCAACAUCUCCGUCACGGUCAAUGUCGUCAGCAUCACCUACUCGGAGGAGUUCUUCCUCAAUGAAUCCAACUGGCAAGGGAUUCUGGGAUUGGCCUACGCUGAUAUAGCACGGCCGGACGAUACGGUCGAGCCAUUCUUUGCCUCGUUAGUGGAUCAGACGGACGUAGCCAACAUCUUCACUCUCCAACUCUGCGGAGUCCCCGAAAAUGUGGUGCAUACUGGAACGACUGACGUAACAGGCACAAUGACAAUUGGUGGAAUCGACCCUGGCCUGUACACUGGUAAAAUGUGGUAUACACCAAUCCGCAACGACUGGUAUUACGAGGUGAUCAUUAUGGACAUAGAGGUCGGGGACCAGUCACUGGGCAUGGAUUGUAAGGAGUAUAACUUUGAUAAGACCAUCGUUGACAGCGGCACGACCAACCUUCGGUUGCCAGCCCGGGUUUUUGACAAGCUGACAUCACUCAUCUAUACUGCACUUACUAAGAAAAUGGAAAACGUAACGAUACCUACUGACUUUUGGUCUGGAGCCGAUAUGAUAUGCAAGGAGGGUACCGUUGAGGAGCCGUGGGUCAAGUUUCCUACCCUGUCCAUCAUACUCAACGGAACCGAGCCUGGCACAGGAUUCAGAUUAAGGAUAUCACCCAAGCAAUACUUACGGCAUGUUGAAACUAGCAACAAGAAGGAAACAUGCUACAAGUUUGGCGUGGCUUCGUCAGAUUCAGGAAGUGUAAUUGGUGCGGUGGUCAUGGAAGGCUUCUACGUGGUGUUCGAUCGGGAAAAUCAAACCGUAGGGUUCGCAAAGUCCUCCUGUGCAUAUGAAUUUGAGUUUGCGACUCCGGCCCCAGAAGUUGAAGGACCAAUCAGAGAAGUGGCCACAGACUGUGGCUAUGUGGCGCCGGACAACAACAACCUGGCCCUGACGAUUGCGGCUUAUGUCUUGGCUGGUCUGUGCGUCUUGUGCCUGACUCCCCUGGCAUUCCUGUACGUCUACUACAGGUGCCGUCUGUGUUUUGCCAAUACCACCAAAAACGACGACAGCGAAUUGCUAGAAGACAGGACGGACUCGUCGGAAACGGAUGCGUUGAGGGAGGAAGCCCAGCAGGGUGAACCCCAGCAGGGUCAAGAUAGUUAAAAGGUUAAGGGUCAUGGAAAAAGGUCACGAAUCAUGAGAGAAAAGUCAAAAAUAUACUUCUUGGGUAAUGGAGACCGUUGAGCCUUUUGUUAAGCUAUGAAGCACAACUAUGUGGUUAAGCCCAGCCUCAUUCCCAGGGUGUCAAGCAGUAUGCUCCCACCACUACCUGCUCUCUCACCCUGGUAUUGGAUCAUUUGCAUAUCCAGAAUUAUGUAUGCAAAUGAGGAAUAGUUUGGUGCCUGCCUGUGCUUUACAUCAGCAUUUAUUUUCCCUUGUGGUGUCUGGGGUAAAAACCGAAUCAAUUCGUUGCGGCUUAAUUUACAAAAAACACUCCUUUUUUAAGUUCAAAUGUAACAAUCUUAUCAAGCCAAUAUGCAGUAUCACAUUACAUGUUAGCAUGAGCAAAUUGGAAAGGAACGGAUUAUUUUUGAGAAGGUAUGGACGUAAUAAUUACAAUGACCAUGAAA